AUGGCCGGCUUCAUCCACCGCCGCAUCCUCCCGCCGUUCCGCCGCCCGCCGCUGCCCUUCUUCCACCCGGGCGCCGGCGCGCCCGCCGCGGCGCUGCCCGGCGGCGCCGCGGCGCGCCGGCCCUGGACGCCCCGCCGCAUCCUCGACCCCGGCGACGACGUCGUGCUCCGGUGGUACCGCCUCUUCCUCGUCACCUGCCUCGUCGGCCUCUUCGUCGACCCGCUCUACUUCUACCUCCUCCACACCGACGGCCUCGCCGCCUGCGUCUCCAUGGACAUGGGCAUCGGCGUCCUCGUCACCGCCGUCCGCACCUUCGCCGACCUCUUCUACCUCGCCCACAUGAUCCUCAAGUUCCGCAUCGCCUUCGUCGCGCCCAGCUCCCGCAUCUUCGGCCGCGGCGAGCUCGUCAGGGACCCCGACCAGAUCGCCAUCCGCUACCUCAAGAACGACUUCAUCAUCGACCUCGCCGCCAUGCUCCCCAUCCCGCAGAUGAUAAUCUGGUUCGUGAUACCUGCCGUGAGCACAUCCUCGGCCAACCACACCAACAACACGCUCUCGAUGAUCGUGCUGAUCCAGUACAUCCCAAGAGUGUACCUCAUCAUAUCCCUCAACUCCAAGAUCGUCAAGGCGAGCGGCGUCGUCACGAGGACAGCUUGGGCAGGGGCUGCCUACAACCUGCUCCUCUACACACUGGCAAGCCAUGUUCUUGGCGCUCUGUGGUACCUUCUGUCCGUGGAGCGGCAGUACUCGUGCUGGAUGGAGGUGUGCACGAACGAGAACGGCACCACAGCAGCCAUCCCCAGAUGCCUGAUGACCUUCCUGGACUGCAAGAGCAGGGAGGACCCCGUGCGGCAGACCUGGCACAACCACAGCGCGAUCCAGAAGCAGUGCAUGCUCCCGGACGCCGAGUACGACUACGGGCUGUUCGCCGAUGCCCUCAACCUGGAUCGCAACGGCGUCGCCUUCAUCGACAAGUACCUCUACUGCCUCUGGUGGGGGUUCCGGAACUUGAGUUCCUACGGGCAGAACCUGCAGAACAGCACCUACAAGGGGGAGACCGUCUUCUGCAUUCUCAUCUGCAUCAUGGGCCUUGUCUUCUUCUCACAUCUCAUUGGAAACAUGCAGACCUACUUGCAGUCGAUGACGGUGCGGCUGGAGGAGUGGCGCGUGAAGCGGCGCGACAUCGAGGAGUGGAUGCGGCACCGGCAGCUGCCGCCGGAGCUGCAGGAGCGCGUGCGGCGCUUCUUCCAGUACAAGUGGCUGGCGACGCGCGGCGUAGACGAGGAGUCGAUCCUGCAGUCGCUGCCGCUGGACCUCCGGCGCGAGAUCCAGCGGCACCUCUGCCUGGCCCUGGUCCGGCGCGUGCCCUUCUUCUCGCAGAUGGACGAGCAGCUGCUGGACGCCAUCUGCGAGCGCCUGGUGUCGUCGCUGAGCACCAAGGACGCCUACAUCGUGCGCGAGGGCGACCCCGUCAGCGAGAUGCUCUUCAUCAUCCGCGGCGAGCUCGAGAGCUCCACCACCGACGGCGGGCGCACCAACUUCUUCAGCUCCAUCACGCUCCGCCCGGGGGACUUCUGCGGCGAGGAGCUCCUGACGUGGGCGCUCAUGCCCAGCCCCAGCCUCAACUUCCCGCAGUCCACGCGCACCGUGCGGUCGGUGACGGAGGUGGAGGCCUUCGCCCUCCGCGCCGACGACCUCAAGUACGUCGCCAACCAGUUCAAGCGCCUGCACAGCAAGCGCCUGCAGCACGCGUUCCGGUACUACUCGCACCAGUGGCGCAGCUGGGGGGCGUGCUUCGUGCAGGGCGCGUGGCGGAGGUACAAGAAGCGGAAGCUCGCCAGGGAGCUCAUGAAGCAGGAGGGGAUCUACUACCAGGACGCCGACGAGGGCGGCGCCGGCGGCGAGGGGGCGGCGGGGCCGCUCGGCCUCGGCGACGCCGACGGCGCGCCGCUGCUGGGCGAGUUCGUCAAGGGCGGCGGGGACGGGGACCCCGGCGCCGGCGCCGCGGGGGACGGCGGCUCCGGCGGCGGCGCGCACCUCUCGGCCACGCUCCUGGCGUCCAAGUUCGCCAAGAACACCAAGCGCGGCGCCGCGCUGCACCACAAGCGGAUCGAGGACGUGUCCGCCAUCAAGUUCCCCAAGCUCGCCAAGCCCGACGAGCCCGACUUCUCCUUGCACACCGACGACGUGCUGUGA